AAGCAGUGCAUCAUGUUUGGAGAGGCAAGGUACAAGCCGAGGCAAAACUCACACCAAGGCCAGUUUGCGAGAAAGCGAGAGAAAGAGAGGAGAUGGGAGCAAUCUGUUGAGGGUAUCGCCGCCACAGACAAGGUCAUCGCGUUCGCCAACUGGGAAAACAAGACGGCCGGCGCGAUCGCCUCUCGAGCGGGCGCGGAUCGAGUGCGGAGCUUGGAAGGAGCCGACGCCGAUGCGCUGCUGGCGCGGAGGCGCCGCGUGGCCGACCUUUACAACCGGGAGAUGGAGCAGUGGGAACACGAGAUUCUCAAUAGCGCGGAGACCAUGGAGGAGCGAAAAACGCGCAUCCUAGAGAAGGCCACCAAGCUCAAGAACGCCAGGGAGGCUGCAAGGCGUAACUAUGUCCAGGAGUGCUACGACCGCCAGUGGCGCGAUGCCUGCGACGACGCUCGCACCCUCGACUCGAAGGCGAACACGGAGUGGGAGAACGCAAGGCAAGAGGAGUUGCACAUGGCAAAGAUUCGCGAGCGCAUCGCCUACCUGGAAGCACAGGAGAAAGCCGCCAACGAAAAGAGGGAAAGGAGGAACCAGCUCAUGCGCAGCGACCUCAACACGCAGGUGGCGUACAACGCCGACCGUCGUCGACAGCUGUGGGAACAGACCGCUCGGGACGACCUGAAAGAGCUCAAUGAGCUCAGGGCGAUCGUCAGGGCCGAGCAAGAGAGGGCGGAGGCGAAAAAGAAAGAGGCCCACGCGCGCGGGGCAGAGGUGCGAGACUUCAACGAGGCCAGGCGCGAGAUGCGUGUGGUGGCGGCGGAGCAGGCUCGCGAGCAGGACCUGGUGUUGCUGGAGUACGCGAUCGAGAAGGACAAGGCCGGGGAGGCGGAGGAGAAGGCGAAGAAGGAGGAGGAAAAGAGGGUGCUGCGCCAGUACAACGAGUAUCUCAAGGAGCAGAUGGCCAAGGAGGCCGCAGACGAGGCUCAGUACGAUGAGAUCAGACAGGAGGCGGAGUCUCGCAUCUGGGACCAGAGGGACGCGCAGCUCAAGGCCCAGAACGACGCUAGGGAGGCCCUCAUGAAGCAGGUGCACCGUGGUCGGCAGGAGCAAAUCCGCCUCAAGGCGCUCCGCGACGACGAGCAGCUCGCCACCGACUUGGAGCAGGCAAGGCUCGACAGGGAGAGUUUCCUGGCGGAGGAAGAGCGGGAGAGGGAGAAAGAAAUGCGCAAACGCCAGGAGCUGCUAGACAACACCGCCAAACUCAGGGAGCAGAUGGCGGGCGCCCGUGCCCGAGCGGAGAGGGAGCAGCAGGAAGAGUAUCUUAGGGUGAAGCAGAUGGAGGCAUACGAGAGACGGCACAGGGAGCGCCUGGAGAAGCAGGCGGGUGUGGUCGUCACACACCACCCCCUGAAGCACACGCAGUGGUAUACGUGAAAGUCGCAC